AGAGCCUGAAACGACGUACAUGUACACCCAAUGUAAUAUAUAGACCAAUUCUGACAGACAAGUACAGGGAACCACCAAUCCUGUGUAAGACUGGGUCGGUUCAUGGUUGGUACGUGUUCUGAUAAGCUGAACAUGUACAUGUAAUUCUAUGUCAAAUUACUUUUUUCAAGGCCAGUAUGAAAUUACUGUAUCCAUUGUCUCUCUUAUGUAAUACUGAGAUGUCAAUCUAUAUUGUUAUUCAUUGCAUGUUGAAGUUCUUUUAAUUUCUUUCUCCAUAGAAAACAUAUCCAUGCUAAAUAACAAAACAUAUCUAUUUCACAAUGCUGGGCGCAACCCUGAAAUCACGCGAGACGAGACAGUUGUGUAAUGCAUGGCAUAUUUAGUAUGUUAAGAUAUGACCAUUGAAUUCAGUAUUUGUUUCUCUAGAUGUUGGGGUAGUGUAGUGGUUAAAACACUCGCUUCCAACCGCUAGGACCGGAAUUCGAUGCCCGUGAUCGGCAGUGGUUGUAUGUGAGAGGAUAAAGUGGUCACCCACUCGGACACGUGGGUUUCGUCCACUCUGCUUUCCUCCAAAAAAAUGACCACUUCGCGCAAAUAUUCCAAUCGACGAGAAGGAUUAAUUUAAGUUGUAGAACUUAUUUGUUAAUCGUGGUAAAGUAACACCGUAUAUAUAUUGAUGAUACGGAAAAAUGACUGAUUCAACCUUCCAGGUUGACGGAAGUGUCAUGGAAUCAUUUUCAAAUUGCAUAGCCAUCAGCUAAUUAAACGCGGCAUAAAAGUGUUAUGUGCAAUUAACAUUUCUGAUCUCGAUUCACUGUCUUCAUCAAUCUAUACAUUCUCCUGGUACGAGUUCGCACUGUUAGAAUUUCAAUCCAGUUAUCCCAUAACAUCAUAAUAGACUUUUAUUUUUAUCAUUGUAUUAGAAGAAAUCAUUAAAGAAAUAUAUCUGACCGCUGAAAAGUGGAAUUUAAUGUUCGGCUUUAAUUUUAUGAUUUGAUAUUAAUGUCUAUUGAUGUUAUUUGAGUUUUAGCCUAUUAGGAGUUCUGUUUAACGAUAAAUGAUCCUUUAAUCUGAUUUUGAAAUUUAUAAAAUAGCAACUUAACAAAAAUAUAAACUCAAUGGGGGCGGGCGGUGACUGAUCGUGCCUGUUUUCAGGUAUCAACUCAAUAAAAAGCACUCGUCGAAAUGAGCGAGAAUGGUAACGUAAACAAUAUUACGGAAAGUUUUUCAUUAUUGUUCUGUAAGUGGACACCCACCCCACUCGCUAAAUAUUGAUUUGAUAAAGGAGUGAAAAUCUACACGUGUUAUACCCUACUACAAGACCAAGCGCUUUAUAUUGCGACGCAGAAUGUGCACAACCAAUGGACAUGUACAAUGUAGCAAUAUUGGGGAAAGAGUAGAGAAGUACUUAGCUGCGGAACUGUGGCUUUCUGAGAAAAUGUUUGGACAGAUCAGAGAGCUACAGAUCCACCCCUUAUAAAAAACCUUCGAUUUUCGGCGCACACAAAAAAGCACACGGUUGAGGUCUGAUAUCGUUGUAUUCUUGUAUUGCCGUCUCAAAAGUUUAAUACGAAAAAAUCCCAACAUGUUGUCCUAAUAUGUGUCCAACUAUACCUUCAAAUAUUCAUUAAAGCCCCAUACGACCUGAAAACUCACAGAUUCAAAUGAGUUUGUUCGUUGACGUAGCCAUGUGAACUAGUUCUGUAGUGGUUGUCGACUAUAUCGAAAAAAGCAAUGUUCACUGGACCAGUCGCGGUAGCUUAGUGGUAGAGCGUUCGCUUCUUAACCGGGAGAUCGUAAUUAAGUUCGAUUCCCGUUCGUGCCAUGACCGCGUCAAACCUAAGACGUUAACAUGAGUAGUGGUUGCUCCUUCGCCAAACGCUCAGCAUUUAGAAGUGAGAAUCACGAGUCUUUCGGAUAUGACUUUUUUUUAAAAACGCAGGUCCCAUACAACAGGCGUUGUAACGUUAAAGAAUCGUCGAUGCUGCAGCCAUGAGCGCUAAGCAUAGGUUUAAAUUUGUGGUACUUCACUUACACCUGGUGACGUUUCAAUAUGAGUGAAAAAAUCUCGAUGGGGCGUAAAACAAACGAAACAACAAACAAUCCUCUGUACAUAACCCCAUCUUGUACUAAGAUUUAGAAUAAUAUCUAUUACGUAAAUACAACAAUUCGGUACCAGGAGUCUCCCAUUCAUAUAUUAUGAAGGAAUCGUUAAUGUACAUCGUUUCUACAGACACAAAGCAUUCCUCCUACGGUCGUGGUAAUUUGGUGUGUGAGAUCAAUUCAAGACACAUUCAUUCAGGAAUCUCUCAGGAGCCUCUUUCGGAGAUGGAUUGCCCAACACAGACACUUCGAAAUUCAAUCCCAUCACCCCCCAGCGAUGAUCCUCCAAUCAGAAACUUUGUCUGAUGAUCUAGAUUUGAUAAGAUGGAAACCAUUUUGGGAAGAUAAGCCUCUCAUUUACGUAUUUGCCAUUUCCAGCAAAAAUGCAAUGAAUACACAAGUAGCGGCUGAUUGAUCAGGUAUAAAUCUAAACAAAAAACAAAAUAAGUCCUAAUUCUUAUGCAACUUUCUGAGUUCAUGGAGGAUGCCAUUAUCGUCUGCAGAUUUGCAGAAAUGCACGUUUUAUUCGUAAUCUCAUCUUCUUUUCAUUUACUUGAUUUCUUUUCUAUAGAAAACAUCUUAAAAUUUUAUUUCAUAUUUACAUACAUUGUACGUAAAUUUCCACUUGAUUAAUCUGUAAUUUCGUCAUCAUUGACGCAACAUACAUUAAAUAGACAUUUCCCUUUACGUAAAUGAAUUGAAAGUGUUAAUAUGAACUUAUCUUUAUUUACCAAAGUUUCAUCAGUCAUAAACUUAAGCUAAUUUAAUGCACAUUCGUAUUUAUUUAUCGACGAAAGCAAACGCCUUCUAUCUUGACAUCAAACCGAUAAUUUCAAAAUACAAAAUACAGAUUGAAGUGAAUGUCCAAGCUCGCUGAUUAUGCUUCAGUUGUUUUAUUUCUUAUACCAUCAACAUAGACAGUAUAUAUUUACAUUUGCUGAAUCUUUUUUCUUAUAUUUCUUUUGAAAUUGACAUUUCUUCAUCAUAAUUUAUUGCAAACUUGUUCGAUACGGUUUUUAGUACCACCUGGCCUCGUAAUCAUUACCAAAUAUGGAGUGUGGUCAGGGUCAAAGGGUGUAUUAGCUGUUCCAUUAAUGUAAGGUCAACGAUAUGAUAUUUUGAUAUAGUCAAUAUUUUAAGAAUUGCAUCAAAAUAUAAAUAUGAACAAUUAAAUGUCUUUUUUUUUUUUUGCUGUUGUUUCAUCGGGUGAUAAAGGUAGCUUGCAUUGCAUGGGGAAAAUGCAUAACACGCUGGUCAACGCGGAUUAUGAUUUUUUUUUCCUGCAGUGCUUGCAACAUGUACCUUCAUCCAAAAAAGGCACAUUUUUGUUUAAAUAAGUACAGAGAAUUGCUCUUAUGAAACAAUACGAUUUCCGUUUCAAAAUAUUCGGUUGUGUUUUCUUGAAGUGAGCUUGCAUGCUUUGUGCAAAUUUUCAAAAUUUAAAAGUAAAGCUGACGUAUGCAUCUGAUGCGGGUUUCAGCAAAUAGGUUUCACAUGCAUGCUGUGCCCCUAUAUAUUGCCAUGCACCGUGGUAAUGAACACAUUGCAUAGAAUAUAUUGUAUGAUUGUAAAGCAUUCAUCACGUCAGUGGAGACUCUAUAUUAAUUAUUGGUUAUCUUGACCUAUCUAUUUUCACUUUCCUCUCUCAUUUGUGACGUCACGCGUGGGGUUGGACAAAUAACGGCUUAUGAUACAUCUUGUAAAUACGUUUGUAGUCGAUGACGGAAUAAGCCCGUGGAAACGGUCUUUAAAUUUUCAGCAGCUGAUUCCCCCAAUCAGUAGAGCCGGCUCAGAUGGUGGAAGGUGGAUAUAAAUAUUUAUAAGUCUGUAACAAGUGAACAGCAUCCGAACAAUUUGCAUAAACCAACAGUGUCAUUAUUUUACGGACCAUCUGCACCCGCACGUAUUUAAUGUACCUCAUCUGAAGAUGGAAAAGAAUUGAGAUUGAAAUUUCUUUUAAACUGAGAGUCGAAUUUUUUCUCUCGAAAGAAUUUUCAUUCUCUAAAUACUAAGAUAGUGUGACUUCUGAAAGGCUUAAUCAGUUUAGAUUUUGGAUAAACAGGUGAAUCUACGUCAGCAAAGCUGGGGAACUGCAUAGAAGCCUAUAAAAUUGCCAUGCGCAAUUCGGCCAUUUGUGGACCGGAUCUUGAUAAUCCGGAAGAAAAAAGAGACAUGGGAAAAGCGGAACAGUUCCGACAAAAAAGAAGAUGCCGAAGCAUCCGGGCGCCGACGGAGGCGGAAAUCGCUAAUCUAGAGGAGAACCUGAGACACCUGGACGGCAUCUUCAGCCCGUCCGGUAUAGGAAAGACGACUUCCGUUGUGUUCACCCUGCAGAACAGAGUGGGAAAUUUGGCCAGUGCCCUCAAGAUCUUCCAGGAUAACCACAUCAACGUGGUACAUAUAGAAUCCCGGAAGUCUAGGAACAGUGAAACGGAAGUUGAAAUUUACGUGGAGCUGGAGACAGACAACAUCCGGUUGCAGGAGCUUAUCAAACGUCUGAAAAAACAAGUGGCCGGAAUCUCGUACAACGACAUUCCCGUCCCGCCGUCUCCCGCUACCGCGGCUAGGAUUCCUGCCACGGCGGAUGCUUUGGCUAAUGCACCAUGGUUUCCAAGAAAGAUGGCGGACUUGGACAAAGCAGCCAAUCGGGUACUAAUGUAUGGAUCAGAGCUAGAUGCAGACCACCCGGGCUUCAAGGACAAGAUUUAUCGACAAAGAAGGAAGAUUUUCGCCGAUAUUGCGAUGGCGUAUAAACACGGACAACCCAUUCCACGUGUGGACUACACCCAAGAAGAGAUCAACACAUGGGGUGUCGUGUUUCGGGAGUUGAAUAAGCUGUACCCUUCUCACGCCUGCCGUGAGUACCUGCGGAACCUCCCACUCCUGAUCGAUCACUGUGGAUACAGGGACGACAAUGUUCCACAACUGGAGGACGUGUCCGACUUCCUGAAAGAGAGAACUGGUUUCCAACUUCGUCCAGUGGCGGGGUACCUUUCGUCACGUGACUUUUUAGCGGGACUGGCUUUCCGCGUGUUCCACUGCACACAGUAUAUUCGUCAUAGUUCCGACCCCUUCUACACCCCGGAACCUGACUGCUGUCAUGAAUUGUUGGGACACAUGCCAUUAUUGGCGGAUCCAAGUUUUGCUCAGUUCUCUCAGGAACUGGGACUGGCGUCCCUUGGUGCUUCAGAUGAGGAAGUCCAAAAGUUAGCAACGUGCUAUUUCUUCACUGUGGAGUUUGGCCUGUGUAAACAAGACGGGCACUUGCGAGCAUAUGGCGCCGGUUUGUUGUCAUCUAUAGGAGAACUCGGCCACGCUUUGACGGAUACCGCUGAGAAAAUUCCCUUUGAGCCAAUGCGCACGUGCCGUCAAGAGUGUCUGAUCACCACAUUCCAAGACGUCUAUUUCUUCACGGAAUCUUUUGAGGAGGCAAAAGAGAGAAUGAGGCAAUUUGCGUGUACCAUCAAGAGACCCUUCGCAGUACGUUACAACCCAUACACACAAACUGUUGACGUAUUAAACAACACGCGCUGCAUUGCGUAUGCCGUCAGCGAUUUGCGUGGUGAUCUGUGCAUUGUCAGUGACGCAUUGCGUCGUCUGCAGCAGUUGGAGUUUCAGAAAGAAGACGAAGAACGAAUGGAACCAUCAACCCCAAGAUAACAAUAUUAAAAUUUUAUCAUGCAGAUCCAAAUUUCUAAAAUAUUCUGCAACAUAGAGCUACAUGUACGCUGGAACAGUUUUAAUAAUAGUGCUUGCAGUUUUUCCCCCGUAGCUUUGCAGAAGUAUUAUUUUUAUUAUUAUAUCAUGCUUACAUUUAUCAAAAAAUUGACAUUGUGUCAUGAAAAAAAUUUCCUUCAAAUAUAUAUAUAUAUAUAUAUAUAUAUAUAUAUAUAUAUAUAUCUUGUGCUUGCUGUUUGGCACAUACACCACAUGUCUAUCGAUUCAUGAAGAAUUAUUCUUGAUAGAAUUUUAACAUACUAUCCAUCUAAAUAUGGACACAAUGGAAAAAAAAAUCUUGCUUUAAUAUAUCUUCUAGAUGUUGUUCUUGAAUUAGCAUUUAUUUUUUAAAAAGUUAAAUCUUGAAUAUGACAGAAGAUUUUGAACAAAGCUAGGUCACAGUUAUGCUACAAACAUUUCACAAGUUUUGAUCUUUUUCCACCAGCAAUAACUUGACAAUGCUUAUUUUCAUAAUUUGUUGAAAAACGUAUAAUUAAGUAAAUUUCUGAGGAAAAAAGAAUCUUAAUAUAUGUUGUAUUGUAGGAAUCCUUUAAUGGUCUUUGUUGUAAAUGUGUAUACUUGCAAAUACUUUCAGUAUAUCAAAAAGAGAUUGAUAAAACAAUCGUGUUAAAAAAAUGCUAACUGUUGACUUUAUUUUUAUUAUUUAUUUAAAACUUCCUUUUGCUGUUUGUCGGAUGUUUUUAUUGCUGGUCAAUAAAUCACAGAAAACAUGAA